AGUUUGUUGUAAAGGGUUUCGUAUUGUUAAUACUAUGCCUCGAGUGCGUAUUCCUCAACUUAGUGAGUUUGGGAGAGGACGAAUUGUUACCUUACGUGAGACAGGUUUUUCAGUUAUCAGAUAUUAUCAGACAUGGACCCAAGAAGGCCAAGAGCACAGCUAAGGGCACCGGUCUUCGCAGGGGAACAACAGCGCUAUACAGUUCCAGCCCUGGAAGAAUUCCUCCUUGGGAAUUGGAAAAAGUGAGAGUGAAUCUUAAACUCAGCCAUACUGCAAAAGAUGGUAAUCAAGAUAUCUUUAGGGCAGAAUUCAACAAACUCCUCACAACUUACACUGGAUUCAUAGUUAUUUACACCGAUGGAUCAAAAACCCAAGAAGGAUGUACUUGUGAUCCAAAACCAAAUAUCACAGUUUCGACCCAUCAAGGUCUCAUCGAUGAUGCUAGGCCGAACUACUCAACUGACCUAAAAAGAAUGAUGAAGAUAUUCCCCUCGAAUAUGCUACAUAUUUUUUUCCUCUUCACGUCUUAUGUUUCACAAACUAAUACGGAAACUUUCACCAUCGGGUAUCUAACAGGAUCACAAAGAAAACCAGGAGAUUUAGAGUACCCAAGACCAGGACUAACUAUUUCGGGGGCAAUAUCUCUGGCUGUUGAAGAAGUAAAUAAGGGUCCUCUAGCGAAAAGAGGCCAUAAGCUGGAUUUCAUAGUGGCUGAAACAUAUGGUGAAGAGAUUAUCAGUGUACAAAAAACUGCAGAUUUAUGGACAAGGAAUGUAUCUGUUUAUGUUGGUCCUCAAGAGACCUGCGAACAUGAAGCCUUCAUGGCGGCCGCCUUCAACGUACCGAUGAUAUCGUAU